AUGCUACGCAAUCGCGCACACUGGAGCCGAGCGCUGGCGAUAGUGUUGGUGGGUGCAUGUGCAGCCUGCACUGCAUCGCCCGUCUCGACAACGCCCCAAGCCGAGCUUUACCUCUCACAGUUCGGGUACCUGAGCCCGCGAUACCGGAACCCGACGAGUGGGAACCUGCUGGACCAGGACACCUGGGAGAAAGCCAUCAUGGAGUUCCAGAGCUUUGCUGGGCUGAACGCCACCGGCGAGUUGGAUAGUGAAACGAUGCAACUUAUGUCACUGCCACGUUGCGGCGUCAAGGAUAAGGUUGGGUUUGGAUCGGACUCCCGUUCGAAGCGAUACGCACUGCAGGGCAGCCGGUGGAAGGUUAAGGACCUUACCUAUCGGAUAUCAAAGUACCCGAAGCGGCUUGAGCGAGCUGCCGUGGAUAAGGAGAUCGCAAAGGCGUUCUCCGUGUGGAGCGAGUACACGGAUUUACGCUUCACACCCAAGCGAACUGGCGCGGUACACAUCGACAUCCGGUUCGAGGAGAACGAGCACGGUGAUGGAGAUCCUUUCGAUGGUCCGGGAGGUACUCUGGCUCAUGCGUACUUCCCGGUGUACGGUGGAGACGCGCAUUUUGACGAUGCGGAACAGUGGACGAUCGACAAAUCGCGAGGUACUAAUCUGUUCCAGGUGGCGGCUCACGAGUUUGGACACUCGCUUGGGUUGAGUCACUCCGACGUGCGAUCUGCACUGAUGGCACCGUUCUACCGCGGGUUUGAUCCUGUCUUUCGGCUCGAUCCCGAUGACAUCCAGGGCAUCCAAACACUUUACGGUACGAAAACGCGAACCGGAGGUGGCUCAGGAAACGGUGCAACACCGACAAGGACACCCCGGCCGAAGGUACCAACGGAGCUGGACUCGGAACUGUGCGGAUCACCGAAGAUAGAUGCCAUAUUCAACACCGCCGAUGGCAGCACGUACGCCUUCAAGGGGGACAAGUACUACAAGCUAACGGAGAACGCCGUCGCCGAAGGCUAUCCCAAGAAGAUCGCUGAGGGUUGGGUUGGUUUGCCGGGCAACAUCGACGCUGCGUUUACGUACAAAAACGGCAAGACGUACUUCUUCCAGGGCACAAAGUACUGGCGGUACCAGGGUCGUCAGAUCGACGGUGACUAUCCGAAGGAAAUCAGCGAGGGUUUCACGGGUGUACCGGAUCAUCUGGAUGCCGCCAUGGUGUGGGGUGGUAACGGUAAGAUCUACUUCUACAAGGGCAGUAAAUUCUGGCGGUUCGACCCACUCAAGCGACCACCGGUCAAGUCAACCUACCCGAAACCGAUCUCGAACUGGGAGGGCGUCCCGAACGGCAUCGAUGCCGCACUGCAGUACACGAACGGCUACACCUACUUCUUCAAGGACGACAAGUACUAUCGGUUUAACGAUAGAACGUUCACGGUCGACCCGUCUGAUCCACCGUUCCCGCGACCGACGGCCCACUGGUGGUACGGCUGCAAGAACACACCGUCGACCUUCAACACGCUAGGUAAUGUACGAUUGCAAAAAUCCGACGAACAUCCGGACGAUAUCACCAAUUUGAUUCUGGAUGCCGCGGGUACGGACGAGCGGCCGGAACCGGAUGACUACAGUGGCAGCGGAGCCUCCAGGAUGAGCGGAUUUGUGAGCCUGUAUAUUAGUGCGCUGUCAGUGGGGGCGUACUUCGCGAACACACUGCUGGUGCACUAGCAUACUGCAAGUACUACAAAAGACGAGCCCGAGGAGAUCCAACACCAGCCCCGCCAAAGCGCGCCCCAUUCAGCGAGCAACUGAUCUCAACUCGUGAGCGCCGCUCGUGUAAACGCAUUCCGUCGAGGUGUUCGAGUCGAGGACAUGCGUGGCCACAGAUUUCCUGGCGAUGGGAGAGACUGCGAGACGAGCUUUAAUUGAAACUGAAAGGCAGGCACAUCAAGCUGCUGACAAGAAACGAGCAGGAGUUUGAAAGCAAGUCACUAGCCGUAGGAUUUUUAUGUUUCGCUAGCUAAUUGGAUUUACAUGGCGAUCGGUGGAUAUGGGAAGGUGCUACACCGAAAGCACACCGGUGCCUUGAUACUUUGAGAGAUAGUGAGAAAGAGACAAAUGCACCAGGAUCGAGGGAAUUCCAACGAACGGAAUCAGAGAGCUUCAAACGUUCUGUACAUAUCAUUACAAGUUCACAAAAAUUCACACACACACACACAUAGCUCAGUCGAACCGGAAUCAGUUUGGGACGGAGCCUUGCAGAAGGCAAGCGAGAGAUAGGGUGAGUUCGCGAUCGAGCUCAUUAGUGAUAGGCUCAGUUGAACGGUUAUUGAAACACGACACCGCAGGUUACACGUGUAAUGUUAGAGUACGAUUAGAAAUUAGAGUGUACGUCGCUUGCGUUCCCGGGGAAUGGCGCGAGAGAAAUGCAAAAAGAUCUAGGAUGUAGCGCCGCAGCAAAUCAAGCCGUUUCAUCCCUCAGUCCCGCCCGGAAAACAAACAAACACAUACAUACCUACCCAAACACCGAGUUUAACGCAUAAUCAGCCGACGAGGCAAGCGCGUUCGGCGACCAUGCUGUACCAGCAUUUUGUAUAUAUUUAUUACCUUACCGGACCGGAACCGGUUGCAGGAGAGGGUGGAAAGAGAGCUUCCGUUUCCAAACCCGCGACGGCAACGGCGGAGACGUGAUGGGAAAUAAAAACUGACAUGUUUUA